CCGGUUAAAAUCAGCCCCGCCCUUUAAAAUUUUUUAAGGCUGAGCACAUGCGCGGUGUUGGCCUUUGGUGAAAGAAGAAAAAGGGAUGGGUAUAGAUAUAGACCAUAGGAAUAAGAGGAAGGUGUAUAGGAGGGGGCCUAAGUCUAAUGAUGUCUACCUAAAGCUACUAGUUAAAUUGUACAGGUUUCUUGUUCGAAGGACUAAAUCUCCUUUCAAUCGUGUUGUCCUGAAGCGUCUCUACAUGAGCAGGACCAACAGGCCACCUCUCUCUCUCUCUCGUCUCGUUAUGCAGAUGAAGAAACCCGAUCGUAGUGAGAAGACAGCUGUUGUUGUUGGUACCGUCACUAAUGAUCACAGGCAGUGGAAAGUGCCCAAGAUGACAGUCUGCUGCCUUAAAGUAACUGAGCAAGCUCGGGCUAGGAUUGAGAAAUCAGGUGGUGAAAUCAUCACAUUUGAUCAACUUGCGUUAAGAGCACCUCGUGGACAAAACACAAUCUUGCUUCAAGGUCCAAGGAAAGCCCGUGAAGCUGUCAAGCAUUUUGGUACACCUGGCGUUCCGUUUAGUCAUUCCAAGCCGUAUGUGAGAUCCAAGGGAAGGAAGUUUGAGAAAGCUCGUGGAAGAAGAAAGAACCAUUCUUAUCAUAAGUGAUCACAUGACUAGAAUAAUGUUGCAUGUGUCAUCACAUUGUAUUGUUUUGAUUAUAAUAAUUAUAAUUCAAGAGAUAAUGAUUGAUACUGAUA